AUGUUGUCGAAGAUGAUUAGCAGUGAUUCACAUGGCCAAGAUUCAUCUUAUUUCUUGGGGUGGAUGGAGUAUGAAAAGAAUCCCUAUGAUGAAAUUCACAACCCCACCGGAAUUAUUCAGAUGGGUCUUGCUGAGAAUCAGCUCUCUUUCGACCUUCUUGAAAAAUGGCUUGCUGAUAAUCCAGACUCCAUUGGAUUGAAGAGUAAUGGCCAAUCUCUUUUCAAAGAACUUGCUCUUUUCCAGGACUAUCAUGGCUUCCCUGCUUUCAAAAAUGAAAUGGUGGAAUUCAUGGGUAAACUAAGAGGGAACAGAGUGAAAUUUGAUGCUGAUAAGCUUGUUCUGACUGCUGGUGCAACUUCUGCCAAUGAAACUCUCAUGUUCUGCCUUGCUGACCCUGGCGAUGCUUUUCUUCUUCCUGUUCCUUACUAUCCAGGUUUCGAUAGAGACUUAAAAUGGAGAACUGGAGUUGAAAUAGUUCCAAUACAGUGCUCAAGCUCAAACGAUUUCAGAAUCACGUCAUCGGCACUGGAAGAAGCUUAUCUCGAAGCCCAAGAUCGAGGCUUGAAAGUCAAAGGAGUACUCAUAACGAACCCUUCCAACCCAUUAGGCACAGCCGUGACCCGAGACGAGCUCGACCUGCUCGUAGAUUUCGCCGUCGCCAAAGAGGUCCACAUAGUCAGCGACGAGAUAUAUUCCGGCACCGUUUUCGACGACUCGAGCUUCGUCAGCAUAGCCGAAGUCGUCAACGACCGAGCCCUAGAAUUAGUCUCCGACGACUCGGUGAGGAAGCGAGUCCACAUAGUUUACAGUCUCUCCAAGGAUCUGGGAGUCCCUGGAUUCCGAGUCGGCAUGAUCUACUCGGAAGACGAGAACGUGGUCUCGGCGGCGACGAAAAUGUCGAGCUUCGGACUCAUCUCGUCCCAGACUCAGUACACGCUUUCUCGCAUGUUGUCGGACGAGAAAUUCAUGAAGAAGUACGUGAAGAAGAACAGGAAGAGACUGAGGAAGAGGAAGGAGAUUCUGGUCUCGGGGCUGAAGAGCGCCGGAAUCAAGUGUUUGAAGAGCAACGCUUGCUUGUUUUGUUGGGUCGAUAUGAGAAGUCUUCUGAGGAGUAACACGUUCGAAGCCGAGAAAGAGCUCUGGAAGAGAGUUGUUUACGAGGUUGGACUGAACAUCUCGCCUGGUUCGUCGUGCCAUUGCUCCGAACCAGGUUGGUUCAGAGUGUGCUUCGCUAACAUGUCCGAAGAAACCCUCCACGUGGCAAUCAAGAGAAUCAAGGCCUUUGCUGAGCUUAUCCAUAGAGAGAAUAGUACUAUCGUCAAACCCAAACAGCUUAACUUGUUGGCUCGUAACUACUCGAGAACCAGGUCUCUUACCAGAUGGGUUGUUCAGUUGGCUUCUGAUGAACAUCUUGAAACUGGUCGUUGAGAUCGAUUAUGAAAGUAUAGUCUCUCUUUAUUGGCUUUCAAAUAUUAUUUUGUUAAAAAAAAGUUAGAAAUUAUUUUAAUUAAUUAAUCUACACGUGCAGAGAUAUAUGUUUUUGUGUACUUACGAGUACACUUUAUUUGAUCU